AUGUUAACUGAUCAUCAUAUGAGUAGCUUAUUGAAACCUGAGAUAUUGAUACCUGAAAGCAUUGACAAUGAAUUUAUUGAACUCGACAAAGAUUUGCAUAUUUCUUUACCACUGAAAAUUUCAUCAUUUGCGUAUAAAUUACCAUCUAAUCCAAGACAAAAUGAUAUUCAUGAUAUUGAUGAUGGAGAUAUUUUGCAGACAACUUGUUUAGUGGUACAAGUUUCUGGUUGGAAACCAAUUUAUCCAAUUACAGUCAAUAGAUUGGGGACUUUUCAUCGUGUACUGGAACGUCUAACUGAUACAGAAUUCGAAACACUAAAAAAUGAACAUGGUGAAUGUUGGAAGUAUAAUUUACCUGUAUGUAAUCGUCUAAUUAUUGAUAUAAUACUUGAUAAAAAUGGACAAUAUAUAAUCUACUUAAGAUCUGGUUUAACUAUUACUAAUGACUUAAAUCAAAGUAUUAAAAUAGGUUUAGAAAUUCUACCCAAAUUAUCAUCUACUCCUGCUGAAAUUGAUUCAUCUUCUGGUUAUCUAAAAAAUACUUCAUGUGAGCCUAUAUUAUUGACAGUAUGUAAACCAAGGCAUACAUAUUCUGUUCCAAUUAAUCUUGUUGGCCUAAUGUCAUUAAGAUUGGCUAAUUUAUGUUUUUCUCCGGCGAAAACAAUUAUGAUACGACAAAGUAUAUCUGUAUCAUCAUUCAUCAAUACAUCUAUGGAUCAAAAUAAAUUCAAUGAUGAUUUGUAUGAUUGGGCAAGUGUAUAUUAUCAUCAUCAUAAUCCUGUAAUGAAUGAUGAAGAAGAAGAUGAUGAACAACAACACCAACAAACAACACAGCAACAGUUGAUACAUUCAUCUGAAAUGAUUGAUUGGACGUGUUUAAAACAAUCAGAUGACUUGUUAGAAGCAAUAUUGAUCUCAACACGUAGACUACCAGCUAGUUCAUGUACAAUUCCUUCAGUGAAUUCUAUCCAACGACUUUUUCCAGUAUAUCAAAAUAAAAAAUCUAUGUUAAAUUAUGGCAUAAAUAAAUUUUAUAUGUGUAUCACUGUUUUAUUCCCAGUACAGACCAUAAAUUUUGGUAUUCAUUUGGAUGGAUUUCCAAAAUGUGAACCAUUAUCCAUACCAUCGCAUACAUACAAUCAGAAAGUACUUAUUCGAUUGUAUGAUUCUAUGAAUAGGCCACUGGAGUUACAAGUGAAUGUAUGUUCCAGAGCAUUUGGUGCACGUCAUUUAACAGUUAGCGGUUUAAUUUGCCUGAUAAAUAACUCUGGUUUACCGUUAAUCUUCGCUCAGUCAUCCAAUCAACCGUAUACAUCAUCACAAGCAUCUACACUAGCAGCUGGUCAAAAUAAAGAACAUGAAGAAGCAUGUGUAUUGAUGCCUUUAUUGUUUUCAUUUGCAAAUAAGUCUGAAGGUUAUCUUCUACGUGUUCGUAUUGGGAAAGGGUUUAACAAUGGUCUAUUAGAUCAGAAGAAAGAUGAAGUUAGUAUUAGAAACACUGGACGAUGUACUUGGUCGCCAGGAAUAUCAUUGGAUAAACCUGGUGUAGAUACUAUACAAUUGAAAGUAUAUUCGGAAAAUAAUUGUUUAUCUUCGAUAUCAUACUUAGGUUUUGAAGUUAAUACGGGACAAGAUUCACAUUUACCAGCUUCAACAAUUGUCACAUUUCGACCACGUUACAUCAUUGAGAACUAUACACGCUACACUUUACAUCUUACUCAACGUUAUUGUUUAACUACAAGUAAUAACCUGCCGGCUUUUGUCUCAGUUCAUCCGAAUUGUAGUCAAGCUUUUCAUUGGUCUAGUGAAGAUUUAGAUCGAUUGUUGUGUAUACGAGCUGUGUUACAACUUUGA